UCCCCAUGAGCUGUCACGCUGACAGCUCGGGACAUGUACAUGUGAUGAUCAGUGUGCCCUGAUGAUCUGUGUAGCCCCAGCAGCACCACCUCUCAGUGCCAGCUCUCAGUGCUCAUCCAUGCCACCUGCCAGUGCCCAUCAGUGCCACAUCAGUGCCACAUUUCAGUGCCCAUCAGUGCCACAUCAAUACCACAUAUCAGUGCCGAUCUGAGCUGCCAUUCAGUGUCACCCAUCGGUGUCAUCAGUGCCACCUAUCAGUGCUGCCAAUCAGUGCCACCUAUCAGUGCCAGUCAGUGCCGCCUUUCAGUGCCAGUCCGUGCCACCUAUCAGUGUACAUCAGUGCUGCCUAUCAGUGCCCACCAGUG